AUGAUAAGUGAAGAGCCAGAGAUUUCCUUGAUUAACGUAAAGUUACGUUUGGGUACAAUGACUAUGUAUACCGAAAAAGUGUACAUUGAUUUGCAAUCGCCCGUCAGCGUAUUGAGAAACAAAAUGUGUGAAAAGGAUAACACUCUGAACGAAAAAAAUUUUGUAAUAGUUUAUUCCGGAAAUGUCAUGGAAGACCAUACUCCUAUUUAUAUGUACGAUGUUGUCAAUGGAGCUACUGUACAUUUAUUCAAACAAAUGAAAAUAGAUGAGCCAGACCCUCCAAAAUGUAUUGAUAAAAGUAGCGCGGGAUUGGUGAAACUGGGUGUAGCUUUUCGUUCACUCUCGUUAAAUUCUACGUAUAAAUGUGCAUUGAUGAAAAUUAGUAAGGCCAAAAUGUUAUCUGAUCUUAUCACAUCUACUCCUGAAUUGAGUGAAGAUCCUGUAGCGAUUACUCUUUUACAACAUCCUGAGCUAUUAGUCAAACUCAAUGAUGUUGCUUUGGUGAAACGCAUUGCGGAAAAUCAUCCUAGUUUGGCAUUAGCGGCAAUUCAAAUUUCUGCAGUUGUUCAUGAUCAAGUUGUGCAGAAUCACUUGGCAUCAGAUGUGUUGGCCAGAUCUAUGUCUGCUGGCAGUGAUGAUGAUAUGGAAGAUUUAGAUGAUUCAUCCCCUGGAUCAGACACUAACAGUCAACCAUCGAAUAGAAACUUAUCUUAUGCCAUCACUGCCGCACAGUUGGCCGCAGCUAUAGCAAAUGUAACGACUCAGCAACAACAGCCUAGUACUAGUGGUGCAAGUACAUCAACUGCAAAUACAGGAAAUAUGCCUGUGACUCCUAAUACCACACAAAGUCAACCAACUACACCAGCAGUUGAUUAUACUCAUCAAUUAAGAGUAAUGAGGGAAAUGGGUCUGUACAAUGAACCUUUAAACCUUCAAGGAUUGCGACUAGGAGGUGGUAGCUUGGAAACUGCCAUUGAAUUAGUAUUAAGUGGUUUUGAUAUUUUAGACACAGAUAAUUCACACCCUCGAUUUUAA